CUCACAUACACGCUGUGCGCUCGGACCGUAGAAGCAGACAUAAACCGCGAGGAGACCACUGUUAGCGGUCAAGCCCAAAGCCCAAAGCUCGGAAAACCGCGCUGAGAAGAAUGAGAUCCGAAAUAAUGUGGAUUUAUCAAACCCUGCUCUGCGUCCUACUCUGCAUGAACGCGGAGAGCAGGAAGCAGACUCUGCAGCGCUACCAGAAGAGUGAGGACAGCAGACUGGUGUGCUCCAGCUGUGGCCAGACUCCUCGAGUCAGGAGACUCGCACUGGAAGAUUGCGCUCGCAAGUGCAGCAAGAGCAAGAAGUCUUGCAGAGCAUUCAACUAUGACCACAUUAACAGGACGUGCCACUUGCUCUCCUUUGACCGCUUCGCUGACGGCGUGCAGAAAGAACGCCGGUCCGACCAUGACCUUUACGAGCAGAAAGACUAUGUGCGCGAAUGCAUCGUUGGUUCAGGCGUGAACUACAAGGGAAUAAAAUCAGUUACGAGGAGUGGAAUCUCGUGCCAGGCCUGGAACGUGUCUGUACCCCACGAGCACAACUUCAAGCCUGCCAAGCACUGGAAGUUUGACCUGCGUAACAACUUCUGUCGGAAUCCAGACAAAGAUGUGAGCGGGCCCUGGUGUUUCACCAACUCCUCAGAGACUCGCUAUCAGGAAUGUGGGCUGCCCCGGUGCUCAGAAGCGGUGUGUAUGCAGUGUAAUGGGGAAGGAUAUAGAGGGCCAAUGGACCACACUGAGACUGGGAAAGAAUGCCAGAGAUGGGACUCACAGAGACCUCACAAACACAAAUACCAACCUCACAGGCACUCAGGCAAAGGACUGGAUGACAACUACUGCCGCAAUCCCAACAAUGACGUGCGUCCGUGGUGCUACACAAUGGACAAGAAAACACGAUGGGAAUACUGCAACAUCAGCGUGUGUGAUUCCGAUCUCGGUUCUGAAAGAGAUGUGAGCACCUCGUGUUACCGGGGCCAAGGCGAGCAUUAUCGGGGUACGGUCAAUGUGACCUCGGCCGGGCUGGCCUGCCAGCGCUGGGAUGUGCAGUUCCCACACAACCAUUCCUACACGCCCCAAAACUACAAAUGCAAAGAUCUGAGAGAAAACUUCUGCAGGAACCCUGAUGGCUCUGAAAUCCCAUGGUGCUUCACCACUGAUCCAGCAGUUCGCAAAGCCCCCUGUACAAACAUUCCAAAGUGUGAGGCAAAACACCUGCUAACACCAGACUGUUACGAGGAUAACGGAGAGAACUACCAAGGCAACGUUUCAAGGACCAGGUCAGGCGUCCCCUGCGGACUCUGGUCGGACCACAUGUACAGGGACACACACUCUGAGGAGGCGAGCACCAGACUGCGGCUGAACUUGUGCAGGAAUCCAGACAGAGAUAAGCACGGCCCAUGGUGCUUCACCUCCAACUCCUCCAUUCCCUGGGAUUACUGCGAUUUGGAGCAUUGUGAGCCAGCCCAAGCGUCCUGCUUUGUGCACAAGACCACGCGGAUUGUGGGUGGGACCUGGGUGCAGCGAGCUGAAGAUGGGAGCUUGGUUAGCAUCCAGAAGGGGAGCAGGCACUGGUGUGGCGGCUCUCUUAUCCGAGAGGAGUGGGUUCUCACUGACCAGGAGUGCUUCCCCUCGUGCGUCCCUGACCUGCGGGAGUUCAGCGUGCACGUGGGCCUCCUCCACCUCAGCGACCCGGCAAACUCCCAGGGCCUGCGCAUUGCCCACCUGGUGUGCGGGCCCGAGGGCUCCAGCCUGGCCCUGCUCCGGCUGGCACGGCCCGCUCCCCUCUCAGAGCACGUGCGGACGGUACAGCUGCCUGUGGCUGGAUGCGAGGUAGCCGAAGGCUCCUACUGCCUCAUGUAUGGCUGGGGGGAGACCAAAGGCACGGGACAUGAGGGCAGCCUGAAAAUGGUGCGGCUUCCCGUGGUCAGCAGCGAGAGGUGCUCGCGGGUCCACAGCGGCGGCGUGGCCAUCAGGGAGAGCAGAGUGUGCGCCGGCGGAGAGAAGGACCGCGGCGUGUGCGAGAAAGACUACGGUGGCCCAGCUGGUGUGUCAAGGAGAGGGAGAUGCAAGGUGAUCGUCGGCGUGAGCAUCCACGGCAGGGGCUGUGCCCUCGCCCGCCGCCCUGCUAUCUUUGUCAAUGUGGCGUUCUACACCGAGUGGAUUCACAAGGUCUUCAAACACUACUCUGACAUGGAGACAAAUUACUAGCGCGUCCCUCCCCGUUCCCAACCCACUGCAGAUGUUGACUCACUGCGACGUACAGCAUGCAGUGCACGGCACAUGUGUUACAUAUGUCAUAUGGCAUACGUUACGAUCCUUCAGCAUGUCAGUGGUGGGCCACAUGACUGAUUCUGGAGCUCGAGCUCAAGGAACUAAUAUUUCAACCAGAGAAGUGUUGAAAAUGGGUAACUUAAAACGGAUGCUCCAUCAAUGAGAGAGGUUGUGGAGAAACUAAACAUUGUCGCUUCAAGGGACUGCGGGGAGGGCUCUCGUUAAGGUUUCCAUUAACGUGGGUUCACUUAGUACAGGGGGUUUUCUCCUUCAAGACCUUUUUAAUAUCAACACACAACAACAACAAAAUCAAUUUCUUUAGAAAAUGUUUUUAUCGUACUUUUAUUCUCUGCCUAAUGAGCGAACGCCCACAAUUCCGGGGAAAAGAGUGAGCAGAACGGAGCAGAGGACAACAACCAGAAGGAACGGAAGGAAAACACUCUGCCGAUAAAAGACUGCGGCAGGUUGGCCAGAAGCGGUCGGAGCCGAGGUGACGCAUUUGCCGACUCGCUCUCCUUCGUUCUCCUGGGGAUACUUGAAUGCAGUGAUUCAAAAGUCAAAAAAGGAUCCGGAGACGGGACUGGGGUUUGGGAAUUCCUCUGAGGGACCAGGAAUGCUCCCCUCGGUCUCUGGCAGGUCACGGCGAGGUGCGGAGGCAAAACCUACCUGACGGCGAACGGCUCUAUGCCGCCUGCGCGCCACUCCGGUGCGGCCGGCCCUUAGCGUUUCGAGGGUCGAAUGACGCUACCACUACUUCUGUGUUUUGCUUCACGUUUUGAUUUUGCGGCAUUAAAAAAAAAAAAAAGAUGCCUGAUCCUGCUGUACAUGUGGUACGUGUUAAGGAGGAAGUUAAAGAGCUUGUCUUACUCCAGUAUGGAGCACACUGUGGCCCCUGUUGGGGCUGUGGAUUUACUAAGUUUGCUUUUAGUACGUUUUUGCUCGUAUGAGUAUACUGCUGGUACUCUAUAGGUCUCAUAGAUCUGGCUUCUUAUUAUGUGAAGGUCUCUUCCCUUCCCAAACUGUGUUUUGUCUAAAUUGUAUGGUAUUUAUUUAUAAUGAAAUCUUCAUGAUGGAGUACAAUUGUUCCAGCGAUAUUGUUCUGAAAAACCUAAUGUUAAUUCUGGCAUGUGCUUUAAAGACGUGGCCUUUAUAAAAGGAACAAAGGGAUAAUAUAUGAUUCAUAAGCACAUCAUUUGUUUAUAUACUAUAACAGUGUUUUCCAAGUGACAUAUAGCUCCCUGCAUGUCUAUAAAACACAAAUGCCUCAUUCUCAACAGAGCGUCAUGUUAGUACACAAGCUAACAGAGCUUCAUUUACUGACCUCCACUGCAAAAAAACACUGAUGCACAAUGGGACGCUAAACAAGCCAAACAGUUAAGGAAAGUAACCAUUUUGUUUAACUGAGAAUAUUUUUGUAAUGUUCCUGACCAUUUUAUGAGAUAAAGGAUUGCAAAUGUUUCAUUCUGUAAAUAAUCUUUCGUAUAAACUGUGCAUUCCAAACACUGCGUUCUGAUUUGUUCCUAUUUUUUCUCUUUCUAAGUGGUGCCAUUCCUUGAACGAGCUGCUAUUCUAGACUGUUAUGUCUCACUACAGCAAGUUAUGUUUUUAAAUUGAUUUUAAAAUCUGCAACUACAGUGGCCAGGAGUUUGCCAAAUUUUUUUCAUUCUUUUUUUUUUGUAAAUAAUUGGAACCUUUGUUAAACAGUAUUCUAGAAUAAUCUGUAAUGUUGAAUUUUGUAUUAAAUUAAACUCACCAAUAAUAGAUUUUUUAAAUAUUUUAAUUUGUUUUGGGUUUUUUUUUGUCUAUUGUCCAACAUUUCAACAGUAGAUAUAUGUUCAGUGUUGAUUUCAUGUUGCAAUGUGAUUGAACAUGUAAUUGUAAUACAUCAUUACCCACAUGGGAAAUGUUUUAUUCUUAGCAGUAGUAAAUUGCUAAGAAUAAAAAAAUAA